AUGGAGGGAAAGCACGACAGUCAUCAACAUCGCGACUGGGUAAAACUUCCAAGGUUUGCGAGGCCCAAUAUCGACGUUCUGCUCAUCCACCAUCACUCAUCCUCAUCUCUUAUCUUUCAUCCCUCAUCUCUUAUCUCAUUCCUCAUUCUCAUUCCUCCUCUCUUAUCUCUCAUCAAUACCCCGCAACAGAACAAAAAGCAGAAGGAACCGAAACCGUCUGCAGCGGUGUUGGAGACAAGGCUCCAGACUGCAUAUACUAGCUUCACUGCACGAGCCCCGGCAACUCUGAAGCCAACCGAAGUACCCAUCGACAUCGGUUCCCUGGCAGAAUGGGUGACUCUGCUGAACACGCCGACUGAGUUUGGGCUCCCGUUGAGUUCGCGGAGGAAGGAACAGACCCGGACCAAGUUCGACACCGCCAUGGACCUCACCAAUCGGGGUGUCGCAUACCUGGAGAACGUUGUGCCUGCACUAGUCAAGGCAAACAUGGCGAUGAAAGAAAGGCUCAGAUCACCUUCUAGCGAAUCCAUGAUGCCCGAUAGCGUUGCACCGCCCCCGCGUCGGUCUACAGCAGACGAUGGCCUGCAUCCUUGCACAUCGUCGCUCCACUCCAACGACUGCAGCGGCACAGCAGAUGAAUUCGCCUCUGCGCCUGACAGAACGACUAGCGAGACAGCAAUGAUCGACGCUCCGCCUCUGUCUCCGGAGGAAGCUGUGUGCGAGCAGGGUGCGGGUGGUCCAAGCCAAUUUGGCGAGUACGAAGACGGCCUCAUGAUCGAACCGCGCGAUGAGCAAUAUCUGCCGUCGCCUGAAGACUGGAUGUGUACACCAGACGGAGACCUGGCGCACGGCAUCGUAGACGAGCAAGCCGACGACAAUCCAGCCUUCCAAUAG